AUGUCUUACUACGACAUUGACGCCAUCUUAACAGACGCAGAGAAAGUACCCUGCAAAUUCGAACUCGAUGUUGCCGACUUAGGAUACCUCGACAACAAUCCUUCCCAUGCCCUCAAAUCAGGAACGCAAAUCGCACUGCCGCUCUGGCUCGCCGAGAUGCUCGCUCUCGCCAACACAGGUACCGCCGAAGACUCGAAAGCACCGGUGACGCUAAACUUGCCCCCCGCGCUAUCAUACCAAGUCGUCCAAGCAUUGAAAGCCGAUGCGCGAGCUGUCCCAGUCAGAGACCAGAGCGCCCACUUCUACGGUCUUGGCACACGCAUCUUGGACCUGUUUGACGAGCGAGAGCUCAGCGAGGUUAUGCGAAAGACAUUUGUGGCACGGGCAGCAGAAAUCGCAUUGCAUGCGCGUAAAGGAGCUGACGACGGUAUCGGCGGUUCCAAUGAGGACUUUCUCCGUGGCCUAGACGAGUGGGAGCGCGGUCUCUUCCGCAAGGCACACGAUGGUACCAAAGCUUCCAAGGAAUGGAUGGAUAAAGUCAAGAAACACUGA